CGGCGGGAGGGCGGGAGGAGGAGGAGGAGAAGGAGGAGGAGGAGGAGGGCCGGGGCUGCGCUGGGUGACAUCAGUGGGUUUGGCUCCGGGGCUCAAUGGAAACUGGGUGAGCGCCGGGCUGUGCCGAGCACACGCCGGCUGGAGGGGACGGCGAGCGGGCGGGAGGCGGCAGGCAGCGCCGCGCCGCGCUGAGCCGAGCGAAGGAGGGACGCGCCGGGCACGGCCGCCGCCAGCCCUCCCCAAUCCUCCGUCAUCCUCCCCGCCGCGGCCGCCUGGCCUCCUGACAGCCGGCGGAGCAGCAGCCCCACACGGCCCCCUUCCCGCCAGGCACCACUAAACCAUGGAGCUUCGAGUGGGGAACAAAUACCGGCUGGGCAGAAAGAUUGGCAGUGGUUCAUUUGGAGACAUUUACCUAGGAGCCAACAUUGCAACUGGUGAAGAGGUGGCUAUCAAACUGGAAUGUGUCAAAACCAAGCAUCCCCAGCUCCACAUUGAAAGCAAAUUCUACAAGAUGAUGCAAGGAGGAGUGGGUAUCCCCUCCAUUAAGUGGUGUGGAGCAGAGGGGGACUAUAAUGUGAUGGUGAUGGAGCUCUUGGGGCCGAGCCUGGAAGAUCUCUUCAACUUCUGUUCCCGCAAAUUUAGUCUCAAGACAGUUCUGCUCCUGGCAGACCAGAUGAUUAGCCGUAUUGAGUACAUUCAUUCCAAGAACUUCAUCCAUCGGGAUGUGAAGCCAGACAACUUCCUUAUGGGGCUUGGUAAAAAAGGCAACCUAGUAUACAUCAUUGAUUUUGGUUUGGCCAAGAAGUACCGAGAUGCCCGGACCCACCAGCACAUACCUUACCGGGAAAACAAGAAUCUGACUGGCACAGCUCGUUAUGCUUCUAUCAACACCCACCUGGGGAUCGAACAGAGUCGUCGUGAUGACCUGGAGAGCCUGGGCUAUGUGCUCAUGUAUUUCAACCUGGGCUCGCUGCCCUGGCAGGGCCUCAAGGCUGCCACCAAGCGCCAAAAGUACGAGAGGAUCAGCGAGAAAAAGAUGUCAACGCCAAUUGAGGUGCUCUGCAAAGGGUACCCUUCUGAGUUCUCGACAUACCUCAACUUCUGCCGCUCGCUGAGGUUUGAUGACAAACCUGACUACUCAUAUUUGCGACAGCUCUUCCGCAACCUCUUCCACCGCCAGGGCUUCUCCUACGACUAUGUCUUUGAUUGGAACAUGCUUAAAUUUGGAGCAGCCCGAAACCCUGAAGAUAUGGAUCGGGAACGGCGAGAGCAUGAGCGAGAAGAAAGGAUGGGACAGCUCCGGGGGUCAGCCACACGAGCACUGCCCCCUGGCCCACCUGCUGGAGCCACUGGCAACCGUCUUCGCAAUGUCGCUGAGCCCAUGGCCUCCACCCCCACCUCCCGAAUCCAACAGUCCGGAAACACAUCCCCCAGAGCAAUCUCAAGAGUGGACAGGGAGCGGAAGGUCAGCAUGAGGUUACAUCGAGGAGCUCCUGCCAAUGUCUCCUCAUCCGACCUCACAGGGAGGCAAGAAGUGUCACGGAUUUCAGCAUCACAGACAAGUGUGCCAUUUGAUCACCUUGGGAAGUGAGGAGCAAUUGCCACUGGACCAGUGUUUGCUUAGGAGUCGAGCUGUGCCCCGUGCUGGUACGAGCCAUUUCCGAGAGGGCUGCUGCAUCCCCCAGUGUGAGCACCUCCAAGGAGCCGACGACGUGGGAGCCGUGCAGAAACACCUCUGUGCAGCUGCCCCCAGCCCACCCGGGCCCUUUGCUGCCUGCCCGUACCCUCUCCUGGUUUUAGUUUCUUCUUCCUUCUUUCUCCCCUCCCCCUUGGGUAUCUUCUGCUUUGUUAUUUUUUUUAAUUAUUUUCAAAUCAUAUGGUUUCUAGCCAUAUACAUUUUGACUUUGCUCUCCUUUUUCUCUGAGGGCAGGGGAACGGGGUGGGGGGGGAUUUGCUUUUCUGUUCUGUCCUUUUCAGGAGACUUGUGGGCCGGGAAGGAAUCAGAUUCCAGCCACACUCGAUGAUAGAAGUCCGAUUUUUAUUGUAAUAACAGAAUUUAUUUUCUCAAGCAUUAAACAAAUUCUAAGCUGUGAGGGGAAUGGUGGCAACGGCCUCAUCGCUGACUCGGGCUUCCUUUCCUUGGUGGCUUCUCUGCGUCUUGGUUCCAAGUGGCUCUCCGUGCCAAGACAUCCAGAGCCAAAGUACAGGGAGAUGAGAACCCACUUCCCAUCCCUGCAGCGGGGUCUCUUUUUGUCUGGCUGUGCGUGUUUUUUCUAUUUUAUUUUAUUUUUAUUUUUAAUUUGUAAUUAAACUUGUUUUAAUUCCUCGGAGAGAGCGUGAGAAGAGAGGGCUACACAGAAACUCACGGAGCGGUGGCUCUUGCUCUCUCCUUCCCUCCGGCAGCCCCAGUGAGAUCCACCCUCCAUGCACAACCCCUUCCCUUCCCCUCCCCCCCCCACUUUAGUUGUUUUUAACUAUAAUUUAGGAAUACUCGAGCUGCCCCGUGGCGCUUGGGGGCUCUGAAACACAGCGCUGACCACUGCGACCUGUGGCCUGUAGCAGACACACUGUCACUGGAGUGUGGGGCCCGUGGGUUGUGGGCAGGGCGGGGGGGUGGGGUAGUCUUUUCG